AUGGCACCCAUGGUUACUCCGCGGAAGGGGCAUUCUCUAUCCGUCCUUGAUGGGUGUCUAUAUGCCAUCGGAGGAUAUAAUGGACGAUGUUGUUCGAACACUGUCGAAAGGUUUAAUCCACGUACGGGAAGAUGGGAGUUUGUCAGCUCGAUGUUGACAUGUCGAAAUGAUCUGGGAUCCGCAGUUCUAGAUGGCCACUUAUACGCAGCAGGUGGAGAAGACUGGUCACAUUGCGAAUUAAAAUCGGUUGAGAAAUACAAUCCCCUUACCAACGAGUGGACCGCAGUGGCUAAGAUGAACGAGGAGCGAUCUGGUGUGAGGCUUGCCGUUGCUAAUGGAAAGCUGUACGCUGUGGGUGGGGAUAAGACAUCCGAAAAGGAUUCUAUUGAAAUUUUCGAUCCUGAGAAAGAUCACUGGACAUUCCUUGGUUACCUUAAUGACAGACGACUUGGAGCAGGAGUUGGAGUCAUACGAAUACUAGCCUAA